AUGACUUCGACGACCGAAGAAGAGUAUCCCCUCGAUCGAAGUCCUCUAGGAUCCUCCCGUCUCUACACCCAACACUUUCUCUGGCAAAGACUCAUCGGACAUCUUCUCCACCCCGAUAUUCCCAUCCAAGAAAACAUGAAGAUAGCCGAUAUAGCAUGUGGAACCGGAAUCUGGCUCCUAGACCUCGCCCAACAACUUUCCAAAUCCAACACCCCCGCCCAACUAGACGGAUUCGACAUCUCCACCGCUCAAUACCCUCCUUCCGAAUUACUUCCCCCAAACCUCACUUUACAAACGCUUGAUAUCUUUAAACCCAUUCCUCAUGCGUGGAGGGGACAGUAUGACGUGAUACAUAUUGCACUUCUCUGUCUCGUGAUACGCGAUGGGGAUCCUCGAUCGGUUUUGGAUAAUUUGUUGACUUUGCUGAAGCCGGGCGGAUAUAUCCAAUGGAAAGAAGUUGAUUUCAGCAUGAUGCAUAUCACGUCCUACAAUCCCGGUAUAUCGACCUGCGAACUAAGCAAAUUGAAACAAUGGAUAUAUGAAGUUCCCCUGAAGAAAUAUCCCGACUUUGACUGGAUCCGCCACCUCAGCACCAUCUUCCACGAACGCGACCUCACCAUCCUAUCCGAGCAAAUUGUAAUCCCCGAAGCCGAAAUCACUUAUGCGUGGAAUUGGAUGCAUAUGGAUGGGAUUCAAGAAUUGAUUACUGUACAUGUUAAUGCUAAUGCUAAUAUUGCAGCUGGGGGAUCGCGAGAGAGAGAGGGGGAGAGGGAGAGAGAGCUGCUGGAAUUGCAUCGGAGGGCUAAGGAGGAGGUAAGGGGUGGUGCUUGUUUGGUUAUGGCUUUGGUGAAUGUUGUGGGGAGGAAGGAUUGGUUUGGUUGA